AUGAAGAGGCGUGUGGAGGACCCAGAACUAGUAUUUUCACCCCAGCAGCAGCAGUCACGACGACCUCCAGUUCAAGGAACUGCAGACAGCUUCCAGCACCGGGCCCUUGCCCCAGCCCCGACUGUGAUAGAGGCAUCUGUAGACAACAUGCAGCCAUCCACCGGCAUCCAGUAUUCUCUCCCACAAGGCUACCAGGUCCCUACAAUGCCCCAGAAUACAGGUGGACAUGGGCACGGACAUAAUGCAGCACCUCAUGUUGGUCCGCACGCACACAGCCUAGCAGUUCAGGGCCAGGGCCCAGCAGUGGUCCAAGGUCACGUUCAUCCACCCACAGCUAUGACUUCAACCCAAGGACAGCAACAGUUUCAGCGUCUGAAGGUUGAAGACGCGUUGUCCUAUCUGGAUCAAGUGAAGCUGCAGUUUGGGAAUCAGCCGCAAGUUUAUAAUGAUUUCCUUGAUAUUAUGAAAGAGUUCAAGUCUCAGAGCAUCGACACUCCUGGAGUCAUCAACCGUGUGUCGCAGCUCUUCAAGGGCCACCCAGACCUCAUUAUGGGUUUUAACACAUUCUUGCCACCCGGAUAUAAGAUCGAGGUUCAAACCAACGAUCUAGUGAACGUGACCACGCCUGGUCAGAUCCACUACAUCACCCCUCAUGGUAUAUCUGUUCAUAACAUCCCUGUAAGUGGAGCAUCCAGCCAACCUGCAAGCCAACCCCAGCACCAGAGUCUGCCACAGGCUGGUCCGCACACGACCACCACAACUACCACGGCCGCCGCCACCAUUACCCCAACCACCACCACCACCACUCCAACCAUACCCACCCAACCUGCUCCGAAUAAAACCAGCAAGCCAAUUCAGUCUCCAGCCCAUACACCCACCAGCCAGCCCAACCCAUCCAUCCCCUCCUACGCCUCACCACGUUCACCUUCCGUUCAGUCCCACACUCCUGUGAGCAGCACGCCGUCCGGUGGGCCCGCUCUCCAGAACAACCAGCCGGUGGAGUUCAACCAUGCUAUAAAUUAUGUCAACAAGAUCAAGAACCGUUUCCAGGGUCAGCCAGACAUCUACAAAGCCUUCUUGGAAAUCCUACACACAUACCAGAAGGAACAGCGAAAUGCUAAAGAGGCAGGAGGCAACUACACCCCGGCACUGACGGAGCAGGAGGUCUACACUCAGGUGGCAAGACUCUUCAAAAACCAGGAGGACUUACUCUCAGAGUUCGGACAGUUCCUGCCCGAUGCAAACAGCUCGAUGUUGCUGGGCAAGGCUACACCAGACAGGGCAGAGUCAGUGCGUAAUGAUCACGGUGGCACAGUAAAGAGACCCUUACUGAACAACAAGCAGAGGCUUAGCCAGAAUGGCCUGCCAAUCAGGAGACCCACAGGAGUGGGAGCCACACCACCUGUCAAGAAAAAACCCAAAGUAAUGGGGAAAGACCACGGCAUGAGUGAAGUCGGCAAACACAGCACCAGCACUGAAACAAUGUUUUUUGAGAAGGUGAGAAAGGCUCUUAGGAGCUCUGAGGCCUAUGACAACUUCCUGCGGUGUCUUCACAUUUUCAACCAGGAAGUAAUUUCUCGUGCCGAGCUGGUGCAGCUUGUCAUCCCAUUUCUUGCAAAAUUCCCGGAGCUUUUCACAUGGUUUAAAAACUUCCUUGGCUACCGAGAGUCGAGCCACGGGGAGUCGAGCCACGCAGAGAGUUUACCUAAGGAGCGUGCAACAGAGGGCAUCGCCAUGGAGAUUGACUACGCUUCCUGCAAGAGGCUGGGGUCCAGCUACAGAGCACUCCCAAAGAGCUACCAGCAGCCCAAGUGCACCGGCAGGACUCCGUUGUGCAGAGAGGUCCUGAAUGACACAUGGGUGUCGUUCCCAUCGUGGUCAGAGGAUUCUACAUUUGUGAGCUCCAAGAAGACUCAAUAUGAGGAGCACAUCUACAGAUGUGAGGAUGAGCGCUUUGAGCUGGAUGUUGUGUUAGAAGCUAACCUUGCCACGAUACGAGCCCUGGAGACUGUGCAGCGGAGGCUGUCUCGCAUGUCGGCUGAGGAGCAGCUGCGCUUCAAGCUUGACAACACAAUGGGCGGCUCCUCAGAGGUCAUUCACCGCAAAGCUAUCCAGAGGAUAUAUGGAGACAAGGCUCACGACAUCAUCGACGGGCUCAAGAGGAACCCAGCGGUGUCUGUCCCCAUAGUGCUGAAAAGAUUAAAAAUGAAGGAUGAGGAGUGGAGAGAAGCUCAAAGAGGCUUCAACAAAAUCUGGCGGGAGCAAAAUGAAAAGUAUUAUCUGAAGUCUCUCGACCAUCAAGGCAUCAACUUCAAGCAGAACGACACCAAAGUGCUGCGCUCAAAGACCUUACUGAAUGAAAUCGAGAUGCUCUAUGAUGAUCGCCAGGAGCGAUCGUCAGAGGAAGCUGCCACACUGCCACUAAGUGGCCCACACAUGACCCUGACCUAUGAUGACAGCCAAAUCCUGGAGGACGCGGCUGCCCUCAUCAUUCACCAUGUCAAAAGACAGGUGGGAAUCCAGAAAGAAGACAAGUACAAGAUUAAACAGAUCAUCCACCACUUCAUCCCUGACCUGCUGUUUGCACGGCGAGGUGAGCUCUCUGAUGUGGAGGAGGAUGAAGAAGAGGAGGAAGAAGACAUGGAAAUGGAUCCAGAUGGCCCCAAGAAGCACAACGGCCUGCCAGGAAGCAGCCCGUCAAAGUCCAAGCUCCUCUUCAGCAACACGGCAGCUCAGAAGCUGCGAGGCACGGAUGAUGCCUAUAACUUGUUGUUUGUGAACAACUACUGGUAUAUCUUCCUUCGUCUUCACCACAUUCUCUGUUCUCGUUUGCUAAAAAUUUACGGGCAAGCUGAGAAGCAGAUUGAGGAGGAUGCCCGUGAACAAGAGUGGGAAAGAGAGGUGUUGGGGCUCAAGAGAGAGAAGAAUGAAAACCCAGCGAUCCAACUGAAGAUGAGAGAGCCAAUGGAUGUUGAUGUGGAGGACUAUUACUCAGUGUUUCUGGAAAUGGUGCGUAAUCUUUUGGAUGGAAAUAUGGAGCCAGCUCAGUACGAAGACUCCCUGAGGGAAAUGUUUACCAUCCAUGCCUACAUUGCCUUCACCAUGGACAAACUCAUCCAAAGCAUUGUUCGACAGCUCCAACACCUUGUCACAGAUGAUGUCUGUGUGCGUGUGACGGACAUGUACCUCAGCGAAUGUGCCAAUAAAGCCACUGGGGGCACAUUGUCCACACAGUCAUCCAGGGCCACAGCUGAGGGCGCCUACCAGCGCAAAUCAGAGCAGCUUAUGUCAGAUGAGAACUGCUUCAAGUUGAUGUUUGCAAAGAGCCAAGGAUCGGUCAGUCUGGCUAUGGAGCUGCUGGACACAGAAGAGGAGAACUCUGAUGAGCCAGCGGAGGCAGAGAGGUGGUCGGACUAUGUGGGGAGAUACCUGAACUCAGAUUCUGCAUCUCCAGAGCUGCGAGAGCAUCUCACCCAGAAGCCGGUGUUCCUCCCCAGGAAUUUGCGACGAAUAAGGAAGUGCCAGCGAGGAUGGGAGCAACUGCAGCAGGACAGGAUGAACAAGGGCCCCUCAGACAAGUCGCAGGACGACAGCAGUGAGCUAAAGAUGGAGUGCAUGUUCAAGCUCAACUCCUACAAGAUGGUCUAUGUCUGCAAGUCAGAGGACUACAUGUACAGGCACACUGCACUCACACGGGCUCAUCAGUCCCAGCAGCGGGUCAAUACACGCCUGCACAGACGCUUCCAGGCCUGGCUGGACACCUGGGCCAAAGAGCAUGUGACCAGCGACAUGGCUGUCGACAACCAGAAGUGGCUGAUGGGAGUUGAACGAGAAGGCAUGUUGUCCUGCACUACCACCUGCAGCCCGGAGGUCCUCCAUUAUCUCAACAUUAACAAGUACCGGGUGAAGUACAGAACACUGUAGUCGCUCUGCAGGAUGAUAAACUGUGGCCGUCUUCACACGACAAGCUGCCAGUGAUGACUUCACACACACAGUAGCGCCAUGUGGAGUUUUCCAAACUGCUUUUGCCAGAUUCAGUUGACUGAAAAUCUUUAAGGUUGUUAAUCCACAAUUUAAAUGGGAUGUAAGCUGUCCACUCUUUGUGAAUGUGCCGGAACUGAUUCAGGAACUUUUGUCCUAACUUUCAAGCUUUUACUGCAAUAUCAAAUAUAUAUGAAUAAAUAUAUAUGAAUAUAUGAAAUGCAGACUUUUACACACAAUUUAAUAUACCGAGAAACCACUCCUCACUGCAUCUUCUCUUUGGAUCAGUCUACAGUUUAAACCUGGUCAAAGCAGUCAAGCAUUUCGUAACUUAACCUCAGAAACUCUACAGUGAAGUCAAAGUGUUUUUAGGGCCACGUCACCAUUUUACAGGAAUCCAAACAAACAACCUCAGUUGUUCUCUUUAGUAAGAACAAGCACCUGUUACUUCUGUUUGAAAUGUGUGUUGUUGAACUUUGAGCUGUAAACUUGUGUAGCCUGUGAAUGUUUCCCUUUUUGCUGGUGAAGGUGCAAUAAGGCACUCUAACAGUAUGAAUAUGUAUACUCAACAUCUCUGGCGAGUGCUGAGUAGUUGCUUGGUGUCAAUACAAUGCCAGCAGUGUGUAUCGAGGACAAUAAUAUAUGACCGCCCAAACACUUUGUGUAAAUAUGUUGUUUAUAUCUAGAUUUUUUUUUUUUUUUUUUUUAUCAGAUGUUAUUGAUGUGUAGCGAACAUUAACACACACAUAGUGUCAGUCUUUAGUUAGAGGUUGCAGAGAAGUUUAUUAAGAAAAUGCAAAAUUGUAACUUUUUUACCAAAGGAUGUUCUAUAGAGCUCUUUCUCCCUUUUGGUCCGUUGUGUUGUCUUCAUUCAGUAGGAACAAAUGACCCAUUUUAUAUAAAAGCCCUUUCUGCGCAUUUCUACCUUCAGUUUUUGACAUGAUUUUCACUCGUGGUUUUAAGAUGAUUGAAUGUAGCUGAGCAGCAAUCUCUCCUUUUGGAAAGUACAGUCUGUGUCCCUUUUUUCAAUACUGCAGUCUUAACAGUACUAUUAACUUUUUGUUGUAUUUUAACUUUACCAAAUGGUUAGAAUCUGUACGACAGCUUUGUGGUCUCACCUAUAAAAACUGUACAUAAGUUGUGUUUAUUUUUAUGCCCAGUGCUGCCAACAAACACUGACUGAUGUACAGUCUAUACGUGAUGUCAGCCGUGUGACUUGUGUACAGUUCAAGGAUGAUGAAAACAAACAAGCAAUAAUUCUCUCAGUCGCAGUUUUAUCAGUUUGUAUUUGCAGCUGAAAUACAAAUGUGAAUGUUGUAUUCCCUUAAAACAGGGAUGUAAGCUAAGGAUGUCUAUUGCCUUUUCCUCUAUAAACUUUGCGUAUUGAUGCUGGGUUUGUGGAUUUAGCAGGACAGGUCAGAUUGGAAGGCAUCCGUAAUACUCGACAUACGAGCAACAGGCUUUUCAUUACGUUACAGAAAUGUAUGCAGCCAAGAGAAGCUGUCUGACAAAAUUUCAUCCAUUUACAUAUUUCUGAUCUGCAUCAAAGGUGAUGGUCAGUAACCUACCAGCUACAGACAAUCUUGGAACAGUUUUAUUAUCUGGGUUUUUAUUUUUAUAUUUAGUGUGUUUAAUAAAGAACACCACCGGAUGUCCCGCGGAGCUGAUUGUACAUAAAGACAUGGUUUGUACCUUGUUUAUUGUCUCUUCUCUUGACUUUUCUGAUGUUGUACAUGAGUGUUAGUAUGGUGUUUGGCAUUAAACUAUCCUUUGAAUAGA